AUAUUGGAUAUAAAAGGGAAAGAACUGACGUUGAUAUUUAAUUCAGCUCUGUUCAUUUACCACGUGAUAAAAGGACUUAGUAUUGAGUGUUCAGCUGAUGUAUGCUGGGUAAUGUAGCGCAUCCAGAGUAAAUUUUGUUAUGUCAUUGCUACGUUAACUUACUUACAGUGUGUUAUCUGGAUUGUAAAUAGAAAGAUUUUUUCCUCUGUCAUCUUAAAAGUGAUCUAUCACUGAUAAAAAAUGUUUCUUAUCACACACGUAACAUUAAUGACAGUUGUCAUCUUUAUGGUGUCUCAAAGCUUAACGUCUGCCGCUAUAAUCAAGAAGAAUGCUGUACCGCCAGAAUGGGAAAACAUCUGCCAGGCUGACGAAAAUUCCGACAUCCUGAAAAGUUAUUUGCUGGAAUUCAAAGAGCAAGACAAAGUCGUGCAUCUGAAGUGUUUGGUGUCUUCAAGCUCUGUCGGUUGGCGCUUCUCCGUGCUAAGGGAUCAUUUAAACCGAACGCUGAACAAUGUUUCUGUAUUUCUCUACGUGGAGUGCAGCACGGGUUCUAAAAUUUCUCUCCCGUGGCCCAUGAAAGCCCCGGGGGUGGUGGGAGUGUCCAUAAACAACUGCAUACUUACCGACAAGUACGCAGAUUUAUGGAAUCCUUUGUUUUCGCACAUGAAAACCGGCCUGAGAGUUUUGGAAAUCAGAAACUCCAAUUGGCUAAGUGAAUCUUUUAGUUUUAACUUUGUUUUAAACAAUUUGUCUAGCAUCACAAAAGAUUACGACUGCGGUCAUUCUAAUACAAUUGAGUAUAUGGUCAACAGCAAUGUCAGCGAUAUUGUGGACCCCAGGGAUCUCAAACCUCAAAGCAGUGUCAAUAUUUUCAAAAACUUCAACUUUUCAAGGAUCCCUGGUUUCAAAGAAGCAGAAUUCAAUGCAAGAGGGAGUAACUCUCAAUCACAUCGUACAUUCAUACACCGGUUAUCCCUAGAGAAUGCAACUUCUACGUCCACUAGCGUUGAGAACAUGUUGUCAAAGCUGGGGGAAAUCAAUGUCCAUAAAUGCAAUUUUUCGCGGCUUAGAGUUCUUGAAGAGAGCUACCCAACUCUAAUGAUUGUCAAUUAUUUUAAAAUUUUGGUCCGCACUAAUUUCUAUCCAGAAAUAAAAGUGCUCAAUUUCUCUAGAUCUGGAAUCAGCGAAAUGCCUGUGGAGCUAGUAGACUUCAGAAAAUAUUUCCCGAAGCUGACCUACAUGGAUUUAUCGAGGAAUAAUAUGACCGAGGUCAAGCUUCCUUCCCACUUCAACCCCGGCAGUCAGCUCACCUUGAACGUUAGCUAUAAUAAAAUAACGCGGCUGACCCUAGACGAUCUCAUCGCGGUGUCUGAAGUUGAAGGUCUGUUCUUGGACUUCCGGGGCAAUCCUAUCCACUGUGGAUGCGAAAUGGCCAACCUACUUCUGAAAAUGAAGUCUGCCGAUUUCUUUACCGGCAAGCUGAUGCCUUACAGCUACAUCAAGAACGUCGAGUGCGCUUCACCAUUCCACCUCCUUGGACGUCGCUUGUCCUCUCUCGUCGUUAUGUGGUCUCCAGUAGAUAUUCGCUGCAACGUCGACAAACGUAAUCAAACAUCUAGGCAAGGCGUCUUCAGGACUUGGAUAUUAUGGGCGUUUCUAGUAUGUACAACCACCACAGGCCCAGUGUGUAACAUAAUCUAAACCAUUACCUCAUGUCAUUUGUCUAAUAAGUGCAUGCUGCAUGCAAAGCCUUUUAGCGAAUUGAGUCAUAUUAAGAAUUCGAGGAUUUUUCACUUCCAAACCAGCUCUAACUGUAUUUGACUUCCCUUUUUCUUUGGGGGGGGGGGGGGGUAAUGUAUAAAAGCAAUGUGUCGAGGUGCCAAAUGACAAUAGAUGUAGAUCUAUUUAGCGGAUUUUGCCAGCAACAAAGUUUAGAUUAAACCAAACGAUAGGCCUACAAUUUCCGGCUUAUAUGCUUUAGGUAAAUAGAUCUGAACUGCUAACAGAAUUAUUGAAAAUUAAAUUCAUUUUUUUUCACUGAAAAGUUAUUACUUUUUUGGUAGUGUUGAUAAAUUUGCAAUUAUGACCACUAUCUUAUGUAGCCUACAAAAUGUCUUUGAAGCAUCUGUACGUUAUUUGGUCUUUUGAACCAACAAUGUAGGCCUAUACCUGUAUUUCAACAGAGCGGGGGAAAAAGCCGAACGAUAAACGUAACCGUCCCCCCCCCCCCCAGCCUAAGAAGAAAGUAACCAAGGAGUUCAGUGUAAGGAGUAGCAAAUAAAUCUUUCAUACCGGUAUCAGAAUGUCAAAGGUAACGACUUUAAUGCUGCAGCUAAAUGGUGGCAUGGAGAUAGUCGCAAAAAACACAAUGUGUAAAGUCUGGAACAAUAACUGGUGGACACUUUCAAAUAAUUAGGGUCGAAGGUGAAAAAGGAUUGUGGUCAUAACAAAAUGCUUCAGUGAUGCACAUAUUACUGCCCGCGGGUCAUUUACGACCCGUGAAGUGGUGCUAUCUGGCUUUUCGAAACUUCACACAAUCUUCUAUGGAGUAGCUGAAGCUCGGCUCCAUUGGGCCGGCGGGUCAUUACUACACCUGAUGUGAUGCUAUCUGACCCUUUGAAACUUCAGUCUACAACGGAGCCCAGAAGUUCGGUUCCAUUGGGCUUGACAAUUUCUUCUGGCGAUACGGGCCAUGAAACGUGUCGGAAAUUUCUAUGUGCCUCGAGUCGAAAACGUUUUGGGAGUCCCCGUCUUUCAUCAUAUGGGCCUACAUUAUACAAAGGAGUUCCAUUGGCUACCCUGCAGGGGCGUAGCUAGGAAUUAGCCAUCAUUUGGGGGGGGGCUCCAUUUUGCGUAAUAUUUAAUGUAAAAAAACUUAUUUGGGGCCCCUCCUCAAAUUGGGGCCUGGGGGGAUUUUCAAAUUGCCCCCCCUCCUCCACCCACACUAGCUACGCCACUGCUACCCGAUAAAACUGAGCUUGUCAUUUGUGGUUUCAGUAGGCUACUUUUUGACUAGAUCUAAUAGACUAAGAUGGACGUUAAUCAGCUUUAGGUAGUAUAAGCAUUGAUGGGUACCAGAUAAAUAUAGCCAGACUUGACAGAAGGUGUUUAGAAUUUUACAUUAAAAAAAAAACAUAUUUCAGAAACUAGGCCUACAUAUGAAAAGAAAAAAAAUACUUUAAAAAAAUAUACGAAAGAUCUUAAAUUAAUCAUCUAUUCUUUUUAAUAGAUCUAGACUAGCAAUAAUAAAUUUGCGCGAAGGAAAAAUUUUGUAUUGUUUUUGUUUUAGCAACUUUCAGUCUUACAUCAUGCUCAGUGCGCUGUUCCAAUUAUUUUUAUGGACCAGUUGGGAGGGAGGAUUGGAGGUUUUCGUGCUGCUUUUUUUUUUUUUUAAAUGGUGUUUGAGUUGCAGACAUCUCAAGCCUCUAUGAUGGUAAACCGACGUAAUUAUAGCCACUGAGCUAUUCAAGAACUUAGGCCUAUAAAAAUAGUUUUAUAGUCUAUUGUUAGUUUCAAAUUUUUAGCGAACCUUAUUCUCUACACAAGGCUUGUCUACUCUUAGCUAAAUACAUUUUCUAUAUAAAACAAAAUGAAUUAAUCACGAUUAAUUAAGUAUCUAUUUUUAUCGUUUCAUGAGUUGUCAUCGACUUCUUGAUCCGAUAAUGGGAAGUGGGCAAAUGACAUCUAAAACAUUCCACCCUGACACAGAGCUCAUUAAGUUUGAUAAAAACAGAGCCAGUUCCAUUGUGUCUGCACUGUUGUUUUUUGUUCGACUUCUGCGCAUACGAUGUACACAAAACAUUCUGCGUCUACAGCUUGUACACAUAUAGCCAUUUGUAUCAUAAAUAAUUACCGGUACUCGAGUACACUCAUGUCUGUAUUGAAAUGUAUUACUCGUCUUUUAUUUCUGCUUCAGCCUGUGGAGCACACGAGUUGUAUCUUGGCCGAGGUUCUUGUUUGGAAUGUGCAAUGCCAGAGUUAAGCUUUCGUCCAUGAAACAAGCAGAUCUGUAUGAACAGAAAUUUUGUCAUAUUUGAUCAGUCCUGAAGCAACUUUUUCUUUGACUUUUGUAAAAUGUAGGAGACUCCUUACGUUCAAAUAAUGAAAUUCUUUUCAAACGCAAUUUUAUAUAAAAAAUGCAGUUAUGUAUCAGGAACUAUUUGACAGAAAGUUAUCACUGCAGUGUACAUUCGGUAUAGCGUAAGAAGUGUAAAUUGUGUAUUAAAAAUAUUUUCUGAUGUCAUUAUUUUAUUUUUGAUAAUGUUAAUGAAGUUAACAAUAUAUGUAUUAAAUGACCUCUACAAGCAAGGUACCGUAUUUGCACUAAUAAAAUCUCAGUUGUAACCCAAUUGUGUACUACCUGGUACUGACCUGAUGCAAAUGUUACCUAUUGUGUCAAUUACAAUUACUUACGAAUGACCGAGAUGGAAAGUAUUUAUAUAAUUAUUCACUUUCACAUGUAUAUAUGCACUUCUAUAUUUAUAAUGCAUUGGCUAUUGAGUAAAUUAUUUGUUGAACUUUCAAUUGGAGUCUUUUUUUUAUUCUUUAUUUCAUUAUGCAUUUACAUUUGGACCAAUUUGUAUUUUGUGUGUUAUUAAUGAAGACAUUUUGUUUGGAUUACACAUAAAUGUACACAUGUAAAUGAAUGCACCUUUUGAAUAAUUUGAUGUUUCACUAGAAUAAUAGUAUACAAUAUAAAUAAAUAACAAUAAAUAUAACCCCUAUAUUGAAAAAUCUAUUGUUCUAUCAGUUAACCUUGUAUUCCUGUAACCGCAAAAGGAAAUACUGACAAUUCCAAAACCAUUAUGAGACAAUAGCUUUAUUUAUGAUGGAAAUAAUUUAGGUUGGUGAAAGUAGCCUUUUGGGGAGUAAAAACUACAGAAUACAAACAAAAAUGCAAAAUUGGCAGUUCAACUUUUCUCUAAGACAAUACAGUAUUGAAAUAUUUAAACAGGUGUUUAUUAAUUUUUUUAAAAUCUUUAUCAUAUACUUUUUGCAUCCUGUACCAUAAGAUACAUUUGGUUUACAACUCAUAAUAUUUUGUACAUUACAAUUAGCGCAUUAAAUGUAUGAAUGAAUGGUAUUUGUUUCGCGAUUUAGCCCAUGAUUUUUGGCUAGCCAUUAUAUACUGGCUUGUAUAUCUAGUUUACUAAUUUACUACUGGACAAUAUAGCUACUGUAUAGGUUAUGAAAAACAUCAAAAGUUAACAUUUCUUGAAAAAACUGAUGCCAAAACUCAUCCAGCCUUCUUAAAUUUUGUUAUUGCAUUGUGAAAUAACUUGGCUAAAAAUUACAUUCAUAAGUUUCAUUUUUUUUUUAUGUUUCUAAGAAUAACAAAACUGAAAGAAGCAUUCAUACAACUGGAGUCAUUCAACCUAAAUGAAUAUUUUAUGUGACAAAUCUACUUGAUGAUCAAUAGAAUGCCAAGGUACAUAUUAUCAACAGAACUUUAAUAAUGAAAUCCGGCUCAAGCUGUGUACUAUGAAAGUGAAAGGUAAUGUUGACGAACCCUAACAUAGGGAGAGAGUAACUUUUGACUGGUCAAGUCAGCAUUAUAAGCACAAUGUCUCCAACCAUGAAAGACAUCUGUCCACCCAGUUUUGUAUAUGCACUGCAGCUAUUCAAUCACAAAGCAAUUAUGCCACCCUUCCUCUCAUAUGCAUCAACAAUUAGUGGCACAAUAUUAUGGAUAGCUAGAUUAAUGACUAAUUAUUGCAAGUCAUGCCAGAGUCACAAAGCCAACAAUGGAACUUAGUUGAUACAAUUCAUUUCACUUCAUUACAUUUUCAAUUCCCCCCCCCCCUCCUUUUUUUAAAUAUUGUUUGGUCUCUAUUAUGUCUUGUACAACUAAAUUAGCUUCCUGAAAAUGUAAAAAAAAAAAAUCUCUAAUGAAGCUGAGCCAACAUAAACUAAAAGACUUAUUUCUCUAGAUAGAAACCUGGAUCACAAAUAACAAAAUAUGUAUACAGUUCAACAAUUCAUAAAUUAUUUGUUAAAAAUACAAUGAAAUUUACUGAUUAAAAAAAAAAGAAAAAAAAAUAAUAACAAUAACAACAAACUAAAAUUCUGAAUACAAUUUACCAGACCUAACAAUCCAUUUUGACAAUAAAAGAUUUAAAAAGAAGGAAUAAAAAAA